UACCUGCUCUUCCCUGUGUGUUUGCAGGUGUUUGGGGGCUUGGUGUGGAUCCUGGUGGCCUCCACCCUCAUCACCCCCCCGAACCCCCUGGGCUGGGUGAUGUUCGUCUCGGUGUUCUGCUUCGUCAUGACCUUCCUCUGGAUGGUCAUCUUCGCUGUUGGAGGGCACAGGAACAGCUCGGGCUGGGCUGCUGCUGACUUUGCGUACCACGGCCUGGCAGCCUUCUUCUACCUCAGUGCCGGGGUGGACUUGGCGUACACGACCUUCCUGGUGAAAUCACUCAACUCAAGAAUCUACCACAUCGACAUCGCUGCUGUGGUGUUCGCCUUUGUAGCUACACUCCUCUACUUCAUCCACACCAUCCUCUCCUCCAUCCGAUGGAAAAACUUCUGAAAAGUAAAUCACAGACAUGCGUGUCCAAAAAAGUACUGUGUGUGUGUGUGUGUAGGGUUGUGUGGGGUGCCUAUAGGGUUGUGUG